GAGGUUAACUGGCAGACAGACGUAGGAAGCUUGCAAGGAGCUGGUGCGGCACACCUGAGGCAGGCGGUCGGCCGGAGGAACCAAUCACCAGGUCCAGAGUUCGGACAUAGUGGAAGAGAUGGAAGAGAAGGACGAAGGCUCUCCUCGCCGGGCCGAAGUUUCUCCCCAACCCAAGGCCAACUCUACCACACAAUCACCAUCCAACUCCAAGACCCUGCUGUACCCCCAACGUCAUGACGAUUCAUACGAAUCCAGAAAGUAUUUUGUAACAAGGCCAGGAGCCUUCGAUCAAGCCAUGGAGGACCUCAAGACGCAUCUGGCAGCAAACAAGGGAGAGGUGGCUCAUAGCUUCUGGCUACUCACUGAAAUCGAUCACUGGAACAUCGAGAAGGAGCGGAUUGUGGUGCUCACCGAUGCUGCCCUCCCUGUGUGCAAGUAUGACUUCAUCAUGCUCAAAUGCCUGGAGCUGCAGAGGAUCCCUCUGACCUACAUCGAGAAGAUCUCCACAGGUCCUUUCGCUUUUCCAGAGAAGUCCUUGGACAGGAGGAAUGGAGAAGGCCUGAGGAUCUUCUGGGACAAACAGCAAGAACCAAACUUCGUCUCCCGCUGGAACCCCUGGUCCACCGAUAUGCCCUACACCACCUUCACGGAGCACCCGGUCAAAAAUGGCUGCCCGAGGCUUAGCCCCAUCUGUCAGGUUUCUGCCUUCCAGGCUCAGCUGCUUCAAGCCGUGCAGAGCGCCCAAGAAAUGAGUCCUGCGCCAGGACGGAUUCCCGGGGUGGUUUUGGUGAGCGAGCCCAUCCGCAUUCAGACCUACACCGGGAUGAUGGCCUUUUUCGGAAACCAAAAUAAACUGGGUUAUUGCCUGGCUCGAGGCAGCAUCGGCUUCUGAUCCGGACAUUUUCCCCUCCAGUUUCUUUCUUUCUUUCUUUCUUUCUUUCUUUCUUUCUUUCUUUCUUUCUUUCUUUCUUUCUUUCUUUCUUUCUUUCUUUCUUUCUUUCUUUUCUUCCUUCCUUCCUUCCUUCUUUCUUUUUCUUUCCUUCUUUCUUUCUUUCUCUCUCCCUUCUUCCCUCGCUUUCUUCUUCCCUCUCUUCCCCUCCCUCCUUCUUUUCCUUCCUUCUUUCCUUCCUUCCUUUUUCUCCCUUUCUCUCCCUCCCUCCCUCCUUCCUUCCUUUCUCUCUCCCUUCUUCCCUCACUUUCUUCUUCCCUCCCUUCCCCUCCCUCAUUUUCCUUCCUUCCUUCCUUCCUUCCUUUUUCUCCCUUUCUCUCCCUCCCUCCCUCUUUCCUUCCUUCCUUUCCUUCUUUCUUUCUCUCUCCCUCCCUUCUCCCUCCCUCCCUCUUUUUUUCUUUCUUCUUUCUUUCUUUCUUUCUUUCUCUUUCUUUUUUUCUUUCUCUCUCUCUCAAUCCCUCCCUCCCUCCCUCUCUCCCUUUCUUCUUUCC